AGCAUAACUUAUUCUGCGGUGUUAUACUCAUUUCCACUUUAUAAGUACCAGCCAUGGCGUCUAACUCCAAAAUACCCUUAUCCCUUCCCCUUCUUGCCUCCAUGGCCAUCUUCCUCAUCCUACUCCACAGUGUGAACUCAGCGGAUGUCACCACUUUCCUCUUCGACAAGUUCGAUCAAAGUAACGAGAAUCUCAUCAUCCAAGGCGACGCUUCCGUUUCAAGCAACGGAGCCUUGCAACUCACUAGGGUUGACAGCAGUGGCAUCCCACAAGGAGGUAGCGUCGGCCGAGCCUUGUACUCCGAACCCAUUUCACUCUACGAUAAAUCCACCGGAGCAGUAGCAUCCAUAAUCACCUCCUUUAUCUUCUUCAUUUCUUCACCUUCUGAUACCCCGGCUGACGGCCUUACCUUCUUCCUCGCUUCGCCGGAUACUACUAUUCCUCCUAACUCCGGCGGUGGCUACCUUGGCCUCUUUAGCGCCUCGAAUGCGCUCAACAACACGCGCAAAGAGCUCAUUGGUUUUAAAUCCUCAUCUGACAAAGUUGUUGCUGUUGAAUUUGAUACGUACCCUAAUCUCAAUCUCGGGGAUCCCGAUUACAAACACAUCGGAAUUGAUGUGAACUCUAUUAAGUCGGAAGUUACCGCUAAAUGGGACUUUCAAAAUGGAGAACCGGUGGCGGUAACAAUAAUCUAUAAUCCCUAUGCCAAGACUCUUAGAGUUUUUGCUUCUUACCCUAAUGGUUACAACGUGGACUUCACUCAUGACAUAGAUUUGAAAACUGUUCUUCCUGAAAAAGUUAGGGUAGGGUUCUCUGGUGCCACUGGACAGUACUCACAAAUUAAUAACAUAAUAUCUUGGUCCUUUGGUUCAAUUUUAGGGAAAAGCUUCAAGGUUGAGAAAGGUGGUAUUGCAAGUGUUGUGUAAUGAUUGGGCAUGACGCUACAUAAUAAUAAUAAGGACAAGUACAUGUAGUCCAUUGUGUAUGUGAAUACUGCACUGUGCUUGUGGUGUUUCUGCCUUCUAUGUAAUAUUUCCAUGAACAAUGAACUCUUCCUAAUAAGAUGCUUUUUUAUUUUUA